AUGUUCCGCGUACAACGCACCAAUCUUGAGGAGAUCAUGAGUGUGGACGGCCUCAAGGCAUCUGCCCUGGACUUUCCGUCGGACGAGCCCUAUUGGUCUCCUACCCUCUGCUCCACCACCUCCUCUAGCCUCUAUUUUGUCAUCCCGUAUUUUUCCCCCCUCCCUGUCCGCUACCUCCAACUGCCACCUCUAACUCUAACACUUCCGCCACAGGACGUAGCCACUCUUCGACCGACCCUGUAUAUAUCACUCGCAGUGGUCGUCACGUUCACUUUCCUGAUCGGUUGGUCACUCAUUUCUUUUAGACUUGUACACAUCCUUCGGCGUCGUAUUCACCGCACUCCGGUCUCGGAGCAGGGUACUGUGCCGAGGCGCCAGACUAUCUUGCUUUUACCUACUCGUUCAUCAUUCUUGAACUUACGGUCUGUUUAUCCGAAUGGACGGAACUCGGCUCAAGGCGAUGCGUGUGGCAUAUGUUGGACUAUCAGGUCAUUUGACAUUUAUUUAUUAAUUCUUUCGUAACUCCUACCUUGUCCUGAUAUCCACAGUUUGGGAUUGGCGAUCGUGAACUUCGCGUUCGCAACAGUGCAUCAGUCGGGACCAAACGUGGACAACAACGAACGUCACACCAACUUCAAUAGACCUCAACUCACCACUCUGGAUUACUUCGUAUAUCUAUAAAGUAUAAUCACACGUAAUAUCAAGUUAGACGACAAAGUGACCCUCCGGAUCUUCACAGCCACCCAGGCGUUCGGCCGGGUACGGGCCUCAGUCUGGAAUCGCCGCGGUCUUCAUCCCAACGCCAAAUUUAAGAUGCACAGAGCGGUAAUCCGGAAGGCUCUACUCUAAGGGGUAGAUGCAUGGAUGGUCUACGCCAAGCACGCCAGGAAACUGAAUCACUUCCACCUCAGAUGCCUUCAGAGAAUACGAAGGCUGAGGUGGCAGACAGGAUCCGGAAACAGAAGUCGUAGAGCGGACCGGGGCAAAUGCAACUGCACUGAAGUGGCCAUCUAGCGAGGGUGGACAACAACGCUCGCCCAGCCUACACUUCUACGGCGACGUUACUGAGGAUGUUUGCUGACAAGGAGGACAAAAGCGACGCUAUAAGGAUACACUGUGGGUCUCUCUUAGAGAUUCACAAAUAAGACCGGAGACCUGAGACGACCUCACCCACGAUCGACCGGCCUUGAGAAUGGCAGCGAAGACAGGAGCAGAAAUCUACACCAGCCUCACGUUUCUAUCCACCACCCAGUAUCUGAUAGCGGCAAACUAUGUCACAUCGACUGGAGAUGAGAUUGGACGCAAAAUUUAGAUCAGCAAAUUGUCAUGUCUUUCGUUUGUUACACAUGCCGGUACUGCUACGUAACCAGACAGAUUUCGGUAAGCUCGCAGUUGGUGGCCAGACAUUAUACGGUGAUACUGUCGACGUACGUACCUGUUAUCAGCAGGUGUGUUUACCUUGUCUAGGAUACCUGUUAUCAGUAGGUGUGCUCUUACUGAGUUAGGCCGGUCGCCCAUUUCGGUCAGGCUGGUAGGUUUAGUGAAAGUUAGGGUUAGGCGUAGGUUAAGUUUUAGGAUUAGGGUUGGCUUUUUAGGGUCAGGUUUCAGUGUUAGGGUUAGGGUUUAGGUUAGCGUUAGCGUUAGGGAUGCGGUUAAGGUUAGGGUUAGCGUUAAGGUUAGGUUAGGCAUAAGUUUAGGGUUAGGCUUACGCUUAUGGUUGGGGUUAGGGUAAAGUUUAGGGUUAGGGUUAAGAUUAGGGGUAAGUUUAGGGUUAGCGUUAGGGUUAUGCUUAUGGUUAGGGUAAGUUUAAGUUUAGGAGUAAGGUUAGGUUUGGGGUCAAGGGUAGGAUUAGGGUCAAGUUUAGGGUUAGGGUUAAGUUUAUGACUAGGAUUACGCUUAAGUUUAGUUUUGGGGUUAAGGUUAGGUUUGGGCUUAUCUUGAGGGUUAGCGUUAGCGUUGGGGCUAGUCUUAAGUUUAGGGUUAGGCUUAUAGUUAGUGUUAAUUUUUGGGUUAGGGUUAAGUUUGGGGUUAGGGUUAGGAUUAGGUUUAGCGUUAGGUUUAGGACUAGGUUUAAGGUUAGGUUUAGUGCUAAGUUUAGUGUUAUGUUUAGGGUUAGGUUCGAGGUUAGUGUUUGGGUUAUGUUUAGGUUUGUGGUUAGUUGUAGGAUUAAGGUUAGGCUUAGGGUUAGGCUUAAGUUUGGUUUUAGGUUUAGGUUUAGGCUUAAGGUUAGGAUUAGGGUUAAUUUCAGGGUCGAGAUUAGGCUUAUGGUUAGGUUUAGGGGGUGUAGGGGUGUCAGCGGUGGGUCCACGUGAUGGUCGUAGUGGUCGCUCACCUGCUUGCAGGUGAGACUACGCCUAGCGUCCAUUUGCUGGCACCUAACUCUCACCUGUGGCUCCACGUAGCUGGGCUCUGCUCAGCGGCCACACCCCGGUCAACCGUCUCGACCGGCGGGCUAAACCAGGUGAGGGUAUCCGUGCGUGCACCUGCACGCGCGGUACUGUGGUCUGCGCUGGCCGGAUGGAUCUUCGCGUCGACAUCGUCGAGACGAGGCUCUGCCUGGACCAUCGCAGGAGGCCACCAGGUAAGUUCCCCCUCAGGUAAGUGCGUUUGCUUUGUUUCUUCCUUUUGUUUGUUGAAGUUCCGCGUCGUACGCUGCGCUUGCUGCUUGCCCUUUAUAUGCUAGUCUGUCUGCUAAUAGCUAAACGACACCCUCGAUGCCUGCUGCGAUUGUCUGUCCGUCAGUCUAUGCCACUCUCUACUAAUAGCUAGGUGUUACGGUGCUUGACUUUGUGUGGUGCCCUCACUCUGUCUCUGACUGAUGACUGUGUCCGCUUGUCCACUCUAGUUCUAAGUCCCCUAGCGUUAGUUAGUGUGUAUGCUCUCUCCUACUUCACUCCAUCACAUCAUCACCACCACCAAGGUCCCAGGCUAAUUCGGGUCAUUCUCUCACUAACAAAAAGUCGUGGCCCAUAGUGGAGUCCGGUAGCCGUCUGGGAUAACCGGGCAGCCCUGUUCAGGGAUGCGUUGCCUGCCCCCGCGAGGGGGAGGGGGCUAGAAAAGGUGCCCUAAAGAUCGCUGGGAACCACGCUGUCUGUAGGCUGGCCGUGGCCGCAGACAAAAAAACACACGGUCGAAACAGCCAAAACCGAAACAACAACAACAACAAUCGCUCUCUUCCUCUUCCAGCCUAUUCUUCUUCUUCUCCUACUCCUACUUUUCGCCGCCGCAGUCGCCAGACUGGCAGGGUGAGCCCGCUCACUCUGGCAGCCUGGAAUGUUCGUUCCCUUUUAGACAAUCCGAGGAGCAACCGACCGGAACGGAGGACGGCGCUAGUGGCACGAGAACUGGCGCGCUACAAGGUGGACAUCGCCGCACUCAGUGAGACCCGAUUCUCCGAACAAGGCCAACUGGAGGAGGUGGGUGCCGGCUACACCUUCUUCUGGAGUGGUCGACCCAAGGCAGAGCGACGAGACGCGGGUGUCGCCUUUGCCAUUCGGACCAACAUCGUGGGACGUCUGCCCUGUCUGCCGCAGGGAAUCAACGACCGCCUAAUGAGCCUCCGUCUGCCCCUCCGGCGAGGAGGCAAGUUCGCCACCAUCAUCAGCGCCUACGCUCCACCGAUGACCAGCCCCGACGCCGUCAAAGACAAAUUCUACGAGGACCUGCAUGCCCUCUUGGCGACUGUGUCGAAGGCGGACAAGUUGAUUGUCCUUGGCGACUUCAACGCCCGCGUCGGCACAGACCACACUGCCUGGAGGGGAGUGCUCGGCCCCCACGGUCUUCGCGGCUCCAACGACAAUGGUCUGCUACUGCUUCGCGCCUGCGCAGAACACCGCCUCAUCCUGACGAACACGUUCUUCUGUCUGCCGGAGCGAGAGCAGGCCACCUGGAGGCAUCCUCGGUCGCGUCAGUGGCACCUGCUGGACUAUGUCCUCGUCCGGAGGCGAGAUCAGCGGGACGUGCUGGUGACGAAGGCGAUCGCGGGUGCUGACGGGUGGACCGACCAUCGCCUCGUCAUCUCGAAGAUGCGUAUUCGCCUACAGCCUCGCAGGAGACCACAAGGUAAGCUACCCCCAGGUAAGCUGAAUGUUGCUUUGUUGUCUUUGCCUGCUCACCGUCUCCAUUUCAGCAAUGAGCUAGCUCAACGGUUAGACAACCUUCCUAUCGCUGCCGCCGCCGACGACGCCGCCGCCGCUGCCGAGAACGCCUCCGUGGAGAACCGCUGGUGUCAACUGCGAGACAAGGUCCAGUCGACGGCGCUCGCCGUCCUCGGUCGCGCUCCCCGCCAACACCAGGACUGGUUCGACGCCGCCAUCAGAAAUCUGCUUGCUGAGAAGAACCGCCUUCACAAAGCCUACGUAGAUCACCCUACUGAGGACAACAAAGCUGCCUUCUACCGCAGUCGUCGACAGCUUCAGCAACGACUGCGCGAGAUGCAGGACGCCUGGACUGCUCGCAAAGCUGAGGAGAUCCAAGGCUACGCGGACCGCAACGAAUGGAAGAACUUCUUCUCCGCGAUCAAAGCUGUCUACGGUCCGCCGACGAAGGGCACUGCUCCUCUUCUCAGCGCCGACGGCAGCACUCUCCUGACUGAGAAGACGCAAAUCCUACAGCGAUGGGCCGAGAAUUUCCAGGGCGUCCUCAACCGCCCUUCCGUCAUCUCCGACGCCGCCAUCGCCCGCUUGCCGCAAGUGGAGACCAACGUGGACCUCGACCUCCCGCCAUCUCUCCAGGAAACCAUCAGGGCCGUGCAGCAGCUCUCCAGCGGGAAAGCACCCGGAUCGGACGCAAUCCCUGCUGAGGUCUACAAGCACGGAGGUCCCCUACUGAUGGAUCACCUGACUGCGCUCUUCCAGGAGAUGUGGCGUCAAGGCGAAGUCCCGCAAGAUUUCAAGGACGCAACUAUCGUGCACCUAUACAAGCGCAAAGGGAAUUGCCAAGUCUGCGACAACCACCGCGGCAUCUCCCUACUGAACAUCGCCGGGAAGAUCUUCGUGCGACAACCACCGCGGCAUCUCCCUACUGAACAUCGCCGGGAAGAUCUUCGCUCGCAUCCUGCUCAACCGCCUCAACAUCCAUCUGGAACAGGGCCUUCUGCCGGAAAGCCAAUGCGGCUUCCGUCGUCAUCGUGGGACCACGGAUAUGAUCUUCGCCGCACGCCAACUUCAGGAGAAGUGCCAGGAGAUGCGGACCCACCUGUACUCUACCUUCGUGGACCUGACGAAAGCCUUCGACACGGUGAAUCGUGA